GGAUUGUCACUAUGCAUUAACAAUUAAUUUUUUUCAAGUCUGCAGGAUUAAAUAUUGUUACCAACUCAAAAAUCCAUAAACCACGUUUGUGUCACACGCCUCAGCUAUAUGCAAGAAUGUCUAUGCCUGUGGAUGCAGAAGACUUUUCUGGACCACGUGGUGCUGGAGCAAUCAGGGCUCCAGUGAUGGCUCCAAUGAUGGCUCCAGGGAUGGCAGGAGCAGGCUUUCAGAAUGUGCCAGUGAAGGAGAUAGUCCGGAAGUAUUUCCCUGAGACCUGGAUCUGGGACUUGGUGGAACUUGACUUAUCAGGUGGAAAAGAGUUAGAGAUGAAGGUUCCUGACACCAUCACGGAGUGGAAGGCCAGCGCAUUCUGCUUGUCUGAAACUACGGGUCUCGGCCUCUCUCCUGUCGUCCCUUUUCAAGUCUUCCAGCCCUUCUUCCUAGAGCUCUCACUCCCAUAUUCUGUGGUGCGAGGGGAAGCCUUCACACUCAAAGCCACUGUGUCCAACUACUUGUCCCACUGUAUUCGGGUCAAUGUGCAGCUGGAAACCUCAUCUGCCUUCCUGGACACAGUGGUCGCUCUCCAAGCCCUCUCCAAAUAUGGAGCAGCAACUUUCACUAAAAAUGAGAAAGCAGCUUUGGUCACUGUCAAAUCUUCAGAUGCUUUCUCCAAAGAAUUCCAAGUAGAUGAUGCCAACCGUCUGCUGCUGCAGGAGGUCAGGUUACCAGAGAUUCCAGGGGAAUACAACACCACGGUCUCAGGGUCAGGAUGUGUGUACCUUCAGCUCCAAACAACAAGACCUCAGAUUCAGAGGACUGAAGUGAGCACCAACCAUGUUCUGAUUUAUUUUGAAAAG